AGAGGAGGAGGAGAACUCAGGCAGCUCUGCAGAGGGGGGCAGGAGCUCCAGUGUUUGGUACCCCCAGCCCCUCCGCUGUUGCCGCUGCUGCAGUGGGGACACAGGUGAGGUCGGCCCUGUGGGGAAUGGGUGGGGGCCACUAGCAGCGCUGUCCUUGCCCUUCCCUGGUCCAGCCCCCACGCUUGAGCCCAUCCUGAGAUAGUUCCCCGGUCCUACUGGACCUUGUCCUUCCAGAGCCUCCUUCCAGGGACCCAGCCCCCUUCCCUGUCUGUGCUGCCUUCUCUCCCAGGCCUGCCUGUGGCUGCUGCUCUUCUUUCUGCUGCCGCUGCUGCUACUACUGCUACCCAGCGCACACCACCAGCCCCUCGGGGUGUGGUUUCCCCAGACCAGCCCCCGACAGUGGGACGCAGCCUUAUCUUGGCCUCUCUCAUCAACCUCCUGCAAGGCCCAGCAUCCCCUCUUUCGGAGACACACCCAACUCCCUUUCAACAUCCCACUCCGAUCUCCUACCCAUUUUGGGGAGAACUCCCUUUUCCUCUUAGUCUUUUACGAUCCUCUGGGUGCUCUGGGUCUGUGCCCAACUUUCUUUCAAAUGAGCCCCAGCCCCGCAGGAUUCCCCAGCCCCUUUUUUGUCCCUGGAACUCUUGAGAGGGUGAACCAGGCUUUCUCAGUCCCCCUAGAUACCCCUCUUCCCCCAGAUACCUCUCAGCCUCUGAAAAAUAACCUAGCCCCUUAUCUACCUCAUUAGAUAUCCUACUCUCUUCUCCAACCCCACUAGGGACCCCACCUCUCCUUCCUUCCCCAGAACUCUUGUAGAAUGUAGACCCCCCCCCAGGCUAUUCUUGGCAGCUCUAGGCACUCCCAAGACACCUCUCAGCCUCUUUACAACCUCCUGGCUCUGUAGACGUCGCUUAGGUGCACCAAGCCCUUUCCUAGAUCCAAGAAGGGACUCCAACACCCUUUCCCUAUAAGUCUUCAGGGUGUGGACCACCCUCCUCACCUUUCUCCCCUAGAACUCCCCUCCAGACUCUGAUCUCAGCCUCUUUCAAACACCUCUGAUCCCAUUUCUACCCCUCUGGAUGUCCCAAUCCCUUCUCCAACCCAGCUCAAUAGUUCUAGUUCUUUCUUCCUUUUAUCAGAACUCCGUAGAGUGUGGACAGCUCCCCAGUGUUUCUUGUCCCCACUAGACGCCCUCAGAUGUCUCAGGCACAUGCUGACCCCUGCAGAAUCGUCUCGGUCUCUAAACGCUCCCUCGGAUCCUUCUCUGUCCCUCUAGACGCCCGUUCUCUGUUCCUUUCCAUGUACCCAUGCCCCUUCUCAGUCCCUUGAGACAUCACUCAGGUCCUUUCCAGACCCUCUAAAUGCCUCCCAAACUCCUGCCCCUGUCUCUAGUUCCUUCUCCAGGUUUCUCUUGGCCUCUCUAGACAUCCCCAGUUUCCUUGUGCGAGUGGCCCAGGGCCCCUCCAAGCCCCCACCAUCCUGGAGACAGCCACGUUCUCCUAAAGGCCACCCCCCAAGUCUCCGAGGGCCUGGGGCAGUGCAGGAUGGCGGCAGGCGUGGCCACGUGGCUGCCUUUUGCACGGGCAGCUGCGGUGGGCUGGCUGCCCCUGGCUCAGCAGCCCCUGCCCCCCGCGCCAGGGGUGAAGGCGUCUCGAGGGGAUGAGGUUCUGGUGGUGAAUGUGAGCGGACGCCGCUUUGAGACCUGGAAGAACACAUUGGACCGCUACCCAGACACCCUGCUGGGCAGCUCAGAGAAGGAAUUCUUCUACAAUGCUGACUUGGGCGAGUACUUCUUCGAUCGCGACCCGGACAUGUUCCGACACGUGCUGAACUUCUACCGCACCGGCCGCCUGCACUGCCCGCGGCAUGAGUGCAUCCAGGCCUUCGACGAAGAGCUGGCCUUUUAUGGCCUGGUGCCUGAGCUCGUUGGCGACUGCUGCCUGGAAGAGUACCGGGACCGCAAGAAGGAGAACGCUGAGCGCCUAGCAGAGGAUGAGGAAGCCGAGCAGGCUGUGGACGGGCCGGCCUUGCGGGCUGGCAGCUCCCUGCGCCAGAAGCUUUGGCGGGCCUUCGAGAACCCCCACACGAGCACCACGGCCCUCGUCUUCUACUACGUGACUGGCUUUUUCAUCGCUGUGUCGGUCAUCGCCAACGUGGUCGAGACCAUCCCAUGCCGAGGCCCCGCGCGGCGGCAUUCAAGGGAGCAGCAGCCCUGUGGCGAACGCUUUCCGACGGCUUUUUUCUGCAUGGACACGGCCUGUGUGCUCAUAUUCACGGGUGAAUACCUCCUGCGGCUGUUUGCCGCCCCGAGCCGCUGCCGCUUCCUGCGGAGUGUAAUGAGCCUCAUAGACGUGGUAGCCAUCCUGCCCUACUACAUCGGGCUUUUCGUGCCCAAGAACGACGAUGUCUCUGGCGCCUUUGUCACCCUUCGUGUGUUCCGGGUGUUCCGAAUCUUCAAGUUCUCCCGACACUCACAGGGCUUGCGAAUUCUGGGCUACACACUCAAGAGCUGUGCCUCUGAGCUGGGCUUUCUCCUCUUUUCCCUUACCAUGGCCAUCAUCAUCUUCGCCACUGUCAUGUUUUAUGCUGAGAAGAGCACAAACAAGACUAAUUUUACUAGCAUCCCCGCGGCCUUCUGGUAUACCAUUGUCACCAUGACCACACUUGGAUAUGGAGACAUGGUGCCCAGCACCAUUGCUGGAAAGAUUUUCGGAUCCAUAUGUUCACUCAGUGGUGUCUUGGUCAUUGCCCUGCCUGUGCCAGUCAUUGUUUCUAACUUCAGCCGCAUCUACCACCAGAACCAGCGUGCUGACAAGCGCCGAGCACAGCAGAAGGUGCGCUUGGCAAGGAUCCGGUUGGCAAAGAGUGGUACCACCAACGCCUUCCUGCAGUACAAGCAGAACGGGGGCCUUGAGGACAGUGACAGCAGGGAGGAACAAGCACUGUGUGUCAGGAACCGUUCUGCUUUUGAGCAACAACAUCACCACUUGCUGCAUUGUCUAGAGAAAACAACGUGCCAUGAGUUCACAGACGAGCUAACCUUCAAUGAGGCCCUGGGCGCUGUCUCGUUGGGUGGCCGCACAAGCCGCAGCACCUCUGUGUCCUCCCAGCCAGUGGGGCCUGGCAGCCUGUUAUCCUCUUGCUGCCCCCGCAGGGCCAAGCGCCGUGCCAUCCGCCUUGCCAACUCCACUGCCUCGGUCAGCCGUGGCAGCAUGCAGGAACUGAACACUCUGACAGGGCUGAGGAGGAGCCCUACCCCUCAGAGCCGCUCAAGCCUCAAUGCCAAGCCCCAUGACAGCCUUGACCUGAACUGUGACAGCCGGGACUUCGUGGCUGCCAUCAUCAGUAUCCCUACCCCUCCUGCCAACACCCCAGAUGAAAGCCAACCUUCCUACCCUGGUGGCAGUGGUGGCAGUGGGGCCAGCAGCACCCUCAGGAACUCCAGACUGGGUACCCCUUGCCUCCUCCCUGAGACUGUGAAGAUCUCUUCCCUGUGAGGGGUGGGCCCACCGAUCCAGAGGGCCCUUGUGAUUCUUGGGGACUCCUUUCCAAAGCCAUAUUUUGGGGAGGCAGACAGGAGCAGGCCUGGGGACCCCUUCUGCCCCCCACUGAGAACUAUGCAAUGGAGUUGCAUGGAAUGGCCCACCUUGUGGGGAUGUAGCCAGGGAAUGGGUUAUCUCCUCUCCCCCCGGUAGGAGCUGAAUCACUGGGCUUCCUCAGGCCCCCAGCCUCCUUGCCCCAGUACACUGGGACCAGACCCUCUCCCCCAGCUGGCCUCCUGCAUGCUCCUCCCUUUGGGCCCUCAGGCUCCCACCUGACAUCUGAGCUCUAGCCUGAGAAGAAGAGGUGAGACUUCCUCCUCUCUGUCUGGGCUGUGGAGGUUUGGGGGUUCAGAGAAGAGAACCAUCACCUCUGAUCUGGCCUCUAAGAGAGGUCCCCACCCUCCACCAGGCCCAACAACGCCCAAAUUCCAAAGCUUGGAAUGCAACCACAGGCUUCAUGGGCUGUGGCCUCAGCAGUGACAUUCCACCCCCAGGCCUUGGCUCAGGGGUCAGGCUGCCUCUGCCAACACACACAGAUAGCACAAACACUACUCCCCUUCUCUGGCUACUGGAAAUGGGUCCUCGCAACCCCAUCCUCUGCUGGGCCCCCAGCAAACUCUAGCAAUAGCAGCUGCUGCCGUGACAUUAUGCAAAGCCUCUGCCCCGUUUGCUGCAGCAAUUACAUCUGCCCUAAUCAGAGGGGCCACCUCUAAUACUCCUCUCUCCUCUGGUUUGCUUCCUUCCUGGGUUGGGUUGGAGUCUGGACUGGCUGAGAUAAGCACCUGGCAACCAGCAAGGGCUGGUCUGGGCUGGGUUUGGAGAUUAUGAGCUGAUUCCAUGUUCCUGGGCAGGAGUCCAGAAGCAUCAGGGGCUGAGGCCUAGGUUGUUCUUGAACUCUGGGAGUUGUAGGAGGCAGGAGGAACUUCUUUAUCUCCUCCUCCCCAUAACACCUUUUCACAUAUUUCACUCUCUUCUCUCUCUUGGGUCACCUUCAGGAACUCUGCUCUCAGGCUGAUUAUCUGGCAUCAUCUCAGGUUCCCUGUCCCCAGCACUGUCCCUGUGGAGCUGGUGGCUGACAAAGAUGUAGUUUCCAUCAGUCAAUAAAACCUGAGAGGAGAAAUGA